ACUGCCCGGCAGUUCGCACAGAUCGUCAGAGACAGUAAAAUAUAUUUGAUUACACCGUAUGACAAAAACGCAUCAUUUCCCCUAUACCAUUUAACCCCACAGAAGCGACACUUUCCAAUUUUUAUUGUGACAUUGUUACAUUUAUACAAUAGAAAUCAAAUGUGUCGAUCAAGGUGUCAGUGCACCUUAUUAUGCUAAAUCUGGCCAUUCUGGUCGGCUCGUCGACGAGUACAAAGGGAAGUUUAAUGUCGCGGCCUAGAACAAAUCGUACGAUAAUUGCAGGACAAUUUAAAGGAACGCUGGUGUUGUAUUCCCGGUCACGUAUCACAGAUAUUAAUUGCGUCACAUCUGGAAACAUUGUUCCGUGACUCUCCCCUCUCAUGAUACAAACUAUUAUUCCAGGGUGGACACCCAAAAUCAAGAUUAAAAGCGAUCGCCCAUUAUUCGUUUUUAAAAGUUUCAUUUAUAUUACAAUGAGUAUAUAUAGUGAUAUUGACAAAGUUACACAAAUACCUUACAUAAAUGUAAAUUCAUUGUUUAUAUGUCAAGGACAAUUAAAUUCAUCCAACCGAAAAUUGAUUAAAUCCAAACCUCCACGAAAUAAAAAUUUAUAUGAUUUUGAUAACGUGCCUGAUAUGGAUAAUCAAACGUACACUGACGAACAUCCAGAAGUAAAUGAAAAUGAGAUUAUAUCUGCUAUUAAAGAGUUCAGUGAUACCGAUUAUACGAAUGAAAUGAUUGAAAAAAAUUUGAAGGCAAAACAAAGUGCAGCUAGUUUAAAUUCCAAGGAAACCUAUGCAGAUAACAGUUUCCUUUUUGUUAAAACCGAUUGCAAUAGUAGUAAUGUAAAUGUAGAAGCUAACGAUAAGACAUCUAUGUCAGUGAUUGAACUUGAUGGACAGGAAUAUAUUGAAACCGAGGCAAACAUUUUAAAAAGAUGCAAACUUAAUAAAAAUGCAGCAUUUAUAGGACUACUAAAAACUAACAAAAUAUCACUAAGUGAUUUACAAGUACCAAACGAUUCUAAUUAUACGAAACAUAAUAGCGACACAAGCGCACAGAAUGAAAGUGUUUCUACAACAAGUGAUUUAACUGAAGGAAAGUAUAAUAUGAAACUAGUUCAGUGCCCAGAAGAUCCAGAAGUUUUUGUACAACCUUUACAAGCAUAUGGACACUUAGAUGAGAAUAAAUAUAAAGACAUAAAUUUUUCAGUUCCACACUUAGGCAAAAAAAAGAUAGUCACGCCGAGACAGUAUUAUGUUUCAUUGGAUGAGUCUAGUCUUGACUUUGUCAGAAGAGAUGUAAAAAAAAAAACAUAACUAAUACAGAUAAAUAUAAGAUUAUG